CAAACAUCCAGCACUACUUCAGCAUCGCUCACGCCGGAUAUAUUGACAUCUAAUGGAUACUGUCACCAAUAGGUGAAGGUGUACUUGGAGCAAAGUAUGUCAUCCGUCGAUUUACUUGCGGCUUCAUGGCGUCUCUAACUAGCCCUGAGCCUCUUGGCUUCUCCAUGCUGAAUCGACCACAACCUAAAACGACCUCAUAUCCAACCUGAAAGAUCCUGGCAUUUCCAAGGCUACUUCGAUGUCUCCCUCCGAUCGGCUGCACAAAGUUUAUCGGAGUCUUGGGACAGAUACUUCUCCUCAAAGCGACAUCCCAUAUCUCCUUUCCCAGCUAACCCUCGAUGAGAAAGCCUCCUUGAUUGCUGGAGCCGACUUAUGGACAACGAAUCCCAUACCGAGACUUGGGAUUCCCAAGCUCAAGGUUUCAGAUGGUCCAAAUGGAGCUCGAGGAGAUCAGUUCGAAGGGGGACUUACGAGCGCAUGUUUCCCAGCGUCCGUAUCGCUGGCUGCCAGCUUUGACAGAAAGCUUGCAGAGAAAAUCGGUCAAAGCCUGGCGGAGGAGGCAAAGACAAAAGGAGCUCGUGUCCUGCUUGGACCAACAGUUUGCCCACAUAGGGAUCCUCGUGGUGGUCGAAACUUUGAAUCCUUUUCAGAAGAUCCCUACCUUGCUGGCGAGUUGGCUAGUCACUACAUCAUGGGCCUCCAACGCGAAGGCAUCGGUGCUACCAUUAAACAUUAUGCGGUCAACGAACAAGAAACCAGACGAUUCAGCAUUGAUGCAAGGGUCGGCCAACGAGCUCUCCGAGAGAUUUAUCUCAAACCAUUUGAGAUGGCAAUCAAGAAAGCCGACCCAUGGGCCGUCAUGACCAGUUACAACAUCGUGAAUGGUGUCCACGCCGAUGCAAACCAGUUCUUACUCUCCAAAGUUCUGAGAGAGCAAUGGGGCUUCAAGGGUCUAGUCAUGAGUGAUUGGGGCGGCACAAACUCUAUAUCUCAAUCGAUCAACGCUGGUCUUGACCUGGAAAUGCCUGGUCCCCCUGUCCACCGCACUCGUCAGAACGUCACCUCUGCCAUACAGAGUGGUGAGAUCUUAGAGACCACGCUCAACAAGAGGGUUGAAGCCGUGUUGCGCCUCCUGCAAAGAGCGGGCAGUUUUGACAAUCACGAGAUCCCCAGCGAGCAAGCCAUCGACCGGCCAGAACAUCAACGUCUCAUCAGGAAAGCGGGAGCAGAGGGAAUGGUGCUCCUCAAGAAUGAGAAAAAGAUAUUACCACUCGACAAGUCCACAGUCAAAUCAAUCGCCAUGAUUGGCCUGGCAAAACAAUAUCUUGGUCAUGGAGGAGGCUCGGCAUCAGUCAAGAGCCAUCGAAAAAUCACCCCAUACCAAGCAUUCGAAGACUGUCUCGGAAGUUCUGUCGAGCUCAAUUAUGCACAAGGAGCACGAAUCAUCAAGAGUCUACCGGUAUUCGGCGCCGACAACGUGUUUGACGAUGACGGUGUACCUGGAUUCACCCUGCGUGUGACAAGACGCUCGGAUAAGGAUGGAGGACCGUCUGUCUCGAAUAGCUCUACCGCUCAACUAAAACCAUUUGCGUGCCCGGGGGCAGUGACUGCGGUCAUGACUGGUACAUAUCGACCAUCAGUCGACUGCGUCGAAUACCUCGCCUUUGGGUGCAUAGGCAAAGCAAAGCUUUGUAUCAAUGAAGAGAUGGUGUUUUCUCAGGCAGAUGACUCCGUCGACGUAAUGGCAUUCAUGCUCGGCACCGCGGCGGAGGAGACCAAACUGUACGAGUUUUCAGCUGGCCAAGAAUACAGGAUUCGCAUUGAAUGUCAUGUUGAUGAGCUAGCCAAAAAGGAUGUCUCACCGAUCUCAUCAAAGAUGAUAGGCUUCCGAUUUGGCAAAAUGCUUCAAUCCGACCACGACGCAGAUUUGAUUCCCGCAGCCGUCGACGCUGCGAAACGUAGCGAGGUUGCUAUCGUCUUCGUCGGUCACACGCCAGCUUGGGAAACUGAGGGUGCUGAUCGACAGAACAUGGAUUUACCCAAAGAUGGGUCCUUGGAUCGACUCAUUGCUGCGACGGCACAAGCCAACCCGAAGACCAUCGUGGUCAACUCGACAGGAUCGCCAAUCACAAUGCCGUGGCUGUCGCAAGUAGCCGCCGUUCUUCAAGCAUGGUUCCCAGGCCAGGAAGCCGGCCACUCGAUUGCAGAUGUCAUCUUUGGUGUGACCAAUCCAGGCGGGAAGCUCCCUGUGACAUUCCCUCGGGCCAUCACCGACUGUCCGACCUACGCCAACUUUCCUGGUGACAUCAAUAACGACAGGGUCGAAUAUGCAGAAGGCACCUUCGUCGGUUACAGACAUUAUGACUCAUUGCCGGACAGUGUGCUGUUCCCCUUUGGGUUUGGCUUGUCGUACACGAGCUUUGAGAUCUCUGGGGUGGAAUUGUCGGCAACGUCUUUGACUGGCGUUCAGCCUGUAGGAGUCACUCUCGAUGUGAAAAAUACCGGCACCGUCCCUGGAAGUCAAGUGGUCCAAAUCUAUGUCGGUGCAGCAUUUGUUUCAGAAAUCGACCGUCCAAAAAAGACCUUGGCCGGAUUCGAAAAAGUCCAUCUGUCGCCAGGUGAGACCCAGAAAGUCCAAAUCGAAAUCAGCCCCCAGAGUCUCGCCUACUGGAACCAAGACAGGGGCACAUGGUCGGUAGACGCAGGCACAUACAUGAUAUCUGUUGCGACCUCUAGUCUGGAUGUCUCGGUGGCACUGCCAGUCACAGUCGUCACCCCCUUUCAGCUAGAGCCCUGAUAUCUGGCAGCCUUGACAGAUCAUUAAAUGGUCAUUCGCGAACGUGGGAGAUGCUUGGAAAGAAGAUCGCAAAAGCUGAGAGCCCUCGAUCAUCAAAAUUAUGUCAUUGAAAUCUGGGAAUAAAGGUUCACACUGGCAUAUUGACUUCCCUCAACCGGGUAAUGCCUUCUGUAGUACGUGCGCUCAUAAUCGCCAUUUCCAAUCAUAUCGGAUAUCCCAUCAUAAAUAAUCAUACACAGCCUAUUUAGGCUCCUG